AUGGACCAUCACCUGAUCCGCCGGGAGAAAGGAACAACAACGAGCCAAAGCAACGCAAUCCUCCACACCAUCCCAUCCCAACGAUGCGACCUCCCAUUCAUCCUCAUCCCAGGAGGAGACGACGAUCAAGGCCCGACGCCAAGCACCGCGCCUCUUCCUCCAGGCUUUGACACUGAUCCACCCCCACAUUUCCCCUCAUUUGGCAGCCUUGGUCACGCUCACAUCGCUGGCGGCACCGUUCCAUCCGAUCGCGCGCAGGAUUCCACUGCCUUGUCAUUGAUGGUUGAUCGCGGACUGACUCGUGGAAGAUCAUUCCCCCCUUGCUGGUCUCGGAGUGACUCUGCCCGUUUCCCCUCUCUUUUCCAUUUAGCCCUGCGCAGGGACAACAAAUCGCGUUGGAAUUGGUACCUAGUUGUUUUCCCCUCUUAUAGAUCGGGUACCAUCCACGGAGCAUUUACCGUUCUCCUCUUCCUGAUUUCUGACUGCGCCAUCCGUGACAAUCGAGAGUCUCCGAUGUGGUAUGGUGCCAAAGGUCAUCCCUUGAGUUUCUUUCGGGCAAUUGGAAGUCUCCUGGAAUGUUAA